CCUCCGCUAUAAAACCUCGCCACCGACUCUGUCCCCACUCUCUCCGCCGCCCCUCUUUGCUCUCUCUUUUUCGACGAAAUGGCGAAAUCUUGUCGCUUUUUCUCACCGGAGAAGGACGCGACCGCGUCUCGAAUCCCAUGUCAUGAGUGAGCGCCGGGGAGCUGCUUCUUUCUCUUAUUCUCCUAUUUCUUUCUCUUCUGCUUCUCCUCGUCCUCUGCUCCGAUCCUUGGGGCGAUGAACAGCGCGGCGGCGGCGGCGGGGUGGCGGCCGCCGUUCACGGCGUCGCAGUGGCAGGAGCUGGAGCACCAGGCGCUCAUUUUCAAGUACAUCAUGGCUGGGGUCCCGGUGCCCCCAGAUCUCCUCAUCCCCAUCCGCCGGAGCUUCGAGGCCGCCCCCGCUCGCUUCUACCACCACCCUGCCUUGGGUUACUGUUCCUUCUAUGGGAAGAAACUGGACCCAGAACCAGGUCGGUGCCGUCGGACGGACGGGAAGAAGUGGCGUUGCUCCAAGGAUGCGUAUCCUGACUCCAAGUACUGUGAGCGCCACAUGCAUCGUGGCCGCAACCGUUCAAGAAAGCCUGUGGAAUCACAAACCCUCUCCCAGUCGCAGUCAUCCUCGUCCACUGUGACAUCCCUCGCGCCCUCCGGGAGCAGCGCAAGCAGGAGCGGUAGUGGAAGCUUCCAGAGCAUACCUCUCCACUCCAUUUCAGGUGGUAGCAACCUGCAGGGCUCUUACCCUGGGGGGACCAUCUCCUCUCAGCUGCACAUGGACCCUCAUUCCUAUGGUAUUCGCAGCAGCGGCAGCAGCAGGUACCUCUCUGGAUUGAAAGGAGAGGUGGAUGAGCAUAGUUUCUUUUCAGAAGCUUCUGGAAGUGCGAGGGGCCUUGGGAUGGACUCCUCCGUGGACAGUUCGUGGCGGCUGAUGCCAUCUGGGAUUUCUUCAUUUCCACUGUCGAAAUCUAGGGACCCUUCUGUUCUACAGAGUGCGGGCGCUUAUCCUUCGCUGCAGUCGGUGCAAGAUCUCGGGCAGGUAACCAUCAGUUCGCUGCCGAAACAUCAGCAACAGCAUUCCUUCUUUGGAAGUGAUUUUGGUUCGGCAGAGCCUGUGAAGCAUGAAGGUGGCAGCCAAUCGCUCCGGCCUUUUUUUGAUGAGUGGCCUAAGACAAGGGAUUCGUGGUCAGAUCUAGAAGAAGAGAGGUCCAACCGGAUCUCAUUUUCCACAACCCAGCUCUCUAUUUCCAUUCCAAUGGCCUCUUCGGACUUUUCUACCUCCUCUUCGAGGUCUCCUAAUGAUGACUGAGAGAAGUCCUGCAGGCCUUGUGGUUCUGGCUGUGUUGAGUCAGGAAGUGGUUGUGGUAUCAGACUAUAAGCACUGCUUUUAGGAUUGCCUGUUUGAUUGUCUUUAAAGAUAUUGUCCUGAGUUUUGUUAUCAAUCUCUCCAUCAGAUGGAGCUGUUUGACUGAUAACUAUUUCUAUCUGUGGCUAUUAUUAUAUUAUUUUUAUGUACCGAAGCUGCCUGUGAGCACUUUAUG